UCGUUAGAUCGUAGGAAGUACUCAACGGAGUACUCCCGUUCCGCGUUAUAUUGUCAACAUGUACAUGUUAGUCCAAAUUCACGUGGAAUAUCCGGAUGUGCGCGUUGAAUAAACAUAUUCGGAGAUAAAAAGGAUGUCUUCCAAGACGGAACGUUUAUUCUUCGAAAGCCUUCAGCAUAAGGCUCUCGAAUGUCUGGAUACGUUUCCAAGUAAAGUAGUCGAAUUAAAUGAAAUCAUUGAAGAAUAUAUGCCGGAAUCAGCGAGGAAUAAUAUCAACGUAAACACUAACGUAAUUUAUCCUCAAGCGAGAUCAGUGUCAACGUUAUCAAGUAUAAGAGAUCUUACAACUUAUUAUUCUCUAUCGAUGUGCGAUCGUAGCCGCACGAGACACAGAAUUUAUAAAAGAAAAUAUCACAGAAUAUACGGUGGUAAUAACACGACGAUACGUCGAUAUCCUGGUGCCCUUGGUCAGCUAUUGGCAUUUAUCAUAAGUCGACUAGCUUCCUGUACAAAAAAAAUCGUAUUCACGCCGUCCUAUUUCGUAAUCGACAAUGUCAUUCCAAUGUUCUUCCAAAAAUCAGAGUUUCAAAACGCGCAAUGUGGUACAUCCUCCAACUGGAGCUCCUCCGUUCUAGAGUAUACGUCUAGCAUCAAAAAGGAUGACACGAUCGUUGAUACAUUUAUCGGCAUCAUGCGACCAGCCGCUGUUCAAUUAAUCGCAGAUAUCACGAUACUUAAACGUUGGCUGCAGGCCCUUGCCCUAAUCAAAAAUUCGCUCGAGUCGAUCGAAUUGACCAAUGCGACUCGUACUACCGAAACCAUCGAUUGCUGGGCCUACGAGCUCUUCUUUCAUCUCAAGAACCUUCAAGCAACUCCUAAGGAAUCGGGGGAUCGCAACGGUAUGACACACUUGAACUUGUGGCAUCGGAUGGUCCAACUUCGUAAUAAUUAUAUUAUCCUCUACGAAACAUUGAAUAACAAUCAAAACAUCUUGAAUCUCGCGUCUAUGGAAGUUUCUUGAUUGUCGUUUUUUAUCACAUAUUUGUCUAUAUAAAAUACGUUUGAUGUAAAUUUA